ACACAUCAGAAAAGUCCGGCAGCGAGUCAUCUUUCUUCAACAGCAAUUAACACCGUUAAUUAUCAAAUCAGAUCAAUAAAAAAAAUUUACCUGUCCAAUUGCUGUCCAAUUGCAAUUUAAAAAAUUGUAGCAUUUUUGGGGAUAAGAUAAUAAAUAAAUUGCUCCGACCGGAUGAAUCAUUUUUUUCCCGUCAACUGAAAUCGUCCGUUUGGCGAUGUUGCCGGAAGCUCGGUAAAUACCCUCAGGGGUCUAGAGUAAAUUCGACAACGUUGGAGCCCAAAUAAGCGCGCAGCCAGUCCGCGCGGAGAUGACCAAUCGCAUUCUUGCGUUUGGCGACCAGACUAGGGCUAAACGGUUCAUUACGUGGUUGAAAAAUGAGACAUUCGGUUUGGCAUGCAAAUUGGGUGAAUUAUAUUUCUGCGAUGAUUCGUAUUUUUAUCGUCGAGUUGACGAGUGAAUGUUGCGUUUAUGCGAAUCAUUUUUACGAGCAAUUCUGGACAACAUUCGUUAAUUCUGAAAAUUGAUACUGGGUGAGGAAUGGCUGUACCAAUAUAGAACUCCACUCCCUCGUGAUUUAUUCAUUUGAAAAAACAAAGAAUGUUGAUUUCUGGUCGGUGGGAAAAUACGCGACUGAGAGUAGAAAAAAAGUUGGAGGGUGGGGAAUAUGUUGUGUCGGUGAUUAAUAAUUUUGUGUGUAAGUUGACCACAGACACGAAUUAUGUUCAGAAUAACUUUAGGACAAUGUCGUCUUUAUUGUUCAAAAUUUCUAAUGGGGCAAUAAUCAUUAGGUUGGUUGAAGAAAAUUAAACAGAAGGGCGGCUCUCGUGUUUCAGUGAAAUCAUGAAUAUUUUCAGAUAAAUCAUAAGGAAAAAAAUUUUUAAUAUUGAAAAUAUUGUAUUUUCAAUGUAUAUUUUACUCAAGAUAAUUUAUAUUUCGCUUUUGAAAAAUUAUCAUUUUGAAGUUGACAUGUUUGACAAAUGUCCUCUCUCCACGUACCAUUCCCCAAAUUAUUCACAAUUCUCGCGUUUAGAAUUCCAAAAAUCAGUGAAAUUUAAGGAGAGCCUGUCCAAGGACAAUGUCCAGGUACUCGAAAAGUCCUUGAACCUGUAUCUCCUCGGAAUAAAAAUACAUCCAUUACUCACUGUCAUGACAAAUAUUCUCAUUAAAUAGUGACCUUUCCCACUCAUUGACAAAAACGCCGGUAACCCCAGGCUGAACAAUCCUACCUUAUUUACCUGGAGGGCGAAAUCCUCCCUUCUUUAACACAUGGCAUUGUCCCCAAUUCUCGGUAGUCCACACCCCUCAACCCCGUAAAUACCCAAAAUUACCAUUUUGCAAAACUAUUAUUUUCUUGGAAAAAUUUCACAACUAACCUGACCCCAUCAACAAUCCCUUCAACAUCUGCGCGAAGAACAGAAAACCGUUUCUCAUUUUACCCCUUCCACGAUAUCACCCUCUCUCUGUCUUUUAUUUUAUUCUCUCGUUUCUUCACUUGCUCGUUGGCCGAGUGAAAAGGACAGGUUCGAGGUUGGAAUGCGUGAGUAACUUUUCGAAUUCCACGACGGGUGGUUUGUCAGUUCGUCUUCAACUCUUGUGGGUGUAACAACUUACGGCAGUAGUGAACAUUUACAUCGAACAUUUUAUUCAUAACUCCAGAGUGAACAGUGUAUAAUAAAAUAGUUUAUAAAAGUACCAGUUCAAUUUUCGCCAAAUUAAAUAUUGAAAUACGAUAAUAAAACGUGAAAUUCUCCGAAAACCAGUGGAAUUAUCGAAAAAUUUCAAGAAUACUUUUUUGUAGCUCGCGAAAUUCCCCGCGAAUCAUAUCUCAUCAUAUUUUUCGGUAGCAGCGCUAGUUUAGGUGAUACAACAAUUUUUUUAUCGAGGAUAGAACGCGUGGAGUUCCAUCAGAAAAAAUCACUCAGAAGUUUUUGUGCAGACUCGACAUUAUUUCAUCAUCGAUUGUUCUCGAAAAUUUUAAUAAAAAAAUCGGGAUAUCACGCAAAUUACCAAUCACUAAUUAUUGAUCGUCUCCGCUCCAUAAGAAAGCAAGAGUCGUUUCUCCGAAGCGGAUAAUUCAUUCGAGUUCAAUAAAGCGCGUUAAAAAAAAAUUAUCGUCGCAGACAAUGUCAACUGAGGGCUUGAAACCUGUGUAAGCCCUUCAUUGUUGUAUUCCCAUUGUUUCGUGAUACAGUUUCAUUGUCAUCGGGAAGUUUGGCCCCGUCGGGCUUUGCACGAAGGGUAAAUCCCCGACAAGGGAAGUUCGGAAAUUGAUUUUGAUACCGUGGCAACAGCUCCAAGACUCACACAAGUUGCGGUAUGAAGAGGGUGGGGUGAGCCUUGAGGAAUCGAUUACGAUCCCCCGGGGGUGAGACAUUAAAAAAAAAAAAACCGUAGCCUUCGUUGAUCGGUACGAAAAUGGGGGCCCCUGAGGUCACAGCAAGUUCAUCAUCAUAUUCCUGUCGCAAGGCCAAAACGAAUAAUUGAUAUCACGUGAGAAUAAGUCGUGUCCUUCGCUCUCGUCAGAUAAUUAUUUCACUCGAAUCGCUUAAUACAAAUGAAUUUUCUCUUCCAGGAUGAAUAGAAGAAUUAACCAAAGUGUUGGAUAGAAAAUAAAUAUAAAAUGAAGACUGAAAAUUGCUGCUCGUAACGGGCGUUACUUGGGUACUUCCGGCUGUGAUUAAGUACUAGUCAGGUACCUGAAGUAGCGCCCGAAAUGAGUGACCAGCCUCGACAGAUGUGAAUGUGAAAAUGAGACGAGCCUUGAGAUGUGCAAUAAAAAACAAAAAGAGUUAAAAGAUCACGAGAAUGAAGGUGGAAUUGCGAGGAAAGCUGAAGGAUCAUCAGGAGGCCUUGGAUUUUCAUGCCAUCGAGGCUGCAUGUUGAUUGUACUUCAUCAGGUGCUCUGGUGGUACCAAUACCCGGCACCUGUUGGAGCGCAAUUCAUAUGACUGUGCCUUCCUACAUUUAUCAUUGCGAAGACGUGAGACAUUGGGAAUUAUCGAACAAGCGAAUCGGAGCCACGACUCUUUUAAAAGUUAUUGAGGUAAUUAAUUUUAAUAAUAUUAGAAGUUGAUAAAAUAAUUUUAAUGGUGAAAAAUUGAUUGCCAAACACUUGAGAAACCAAAUUAAAUGAGAUUCGAAUUAAAACUGGCAAAUUUUGAAUAAUAAAUUAUUUAAAAAUUAUUAGUAAUAGAUUUCUAACUAGGGAAAAUAUCCAGUGGACCUGGGCAUCCCCAGUCUUCACAAAUCGUCUACAAGAAAAGGCUUCACUCUAGAAAAAUGCAAAACGGUCUCUUAUUUAUUCCACAACUAGAAUUCAAAUAGAUCUGACUCACUCUGGUUUUAAACCACUGUUUCACGUGAAAGUUUAACAACACAACUCAGUUAGAUCAUGACUGAGUACGUUCUAGGUAAAAAUACUCUGUACAGUCAGAAAGAAAAAACAAUUAUAUUUGAUUUCAACAAACAAAAGCUGAAAUUUUUCACGUGAAAACUCGCAUUCAACAUGUGUCACUAGAAUAUUCAACUGGCAUCGUAAUUAACUGUAAAAACAGAUUAACACUUUUACGGUUUAAGACAUAUCUAAUCAAAUCGAUUAAUUAGAAACAAAGAAUUAGCCCCAGAGCCUUUCUCAUUUUUUUCCAAAAAAGUCCUGGUCUUUUACGACAAAAGAAUAAAAAUAAAAAACACGUGCGUAAGAAAGUCACUUGUUUCGUUUUUCCUUGUUUACGAAAUUAAAAGACUUUUGAUGCUCCUGUGACAAAAUAAUCAGAAGAAUGCUGAGCACACGGGCAUUCAAUCACUGCGUCAUGAGAAUUUAUCGUACGACACGUGGUAUUUGCGGUCGUGACAAAAUUGGUAAUCGUGACGUCGUUGGAUACGGAUUAAAUGGCACAUACAUGUACAGUGAUCUGGAGAUGUGUCCAUUUCCAGCCAUAAGAUUCAGGGAAAAUACUCCGGAAUUACUGGCCUUGAGAGAAAAAGAACGGGGCGACUGGCGUCGACUGUGUCUGGAUGAGAAAAAAAUCCUCUAUCGUGCGAGUUUCUGUCAAACAUUCACUGAGAUGGAUGGACCAAGCAGCGAAUGGAAGAGCAUUCUAGGAUUGACACUCGUUGGCAUAUCUGCUGCCAUGUGGCUGUGGAUUUACUGCCACAUAUUUGUGUACAAAGAUGCCCCAAUAACGUUCUCCGAGGAGUAUCGGGGUGCCCUGUACUGGCGAUUGAAGGGAAUCAUGCAUCAGCCCAUUACUGGUAUCUACAAGCCACCAUUCGCUGACAAGUACAAACCAGAAACAAUGCCCGACGAUUGGUAGAGU